CAUUCUAGACAAGAAGCCAGAGACAUCAUAAGGAAUGCUGUCAACGCUUCAGAAGAGGACGCUGUCAUAUUUUCUGGCCACGGCUGUACGAACGCACUAGAAAAACUAAUUUCAGCUCUAGAUUUGCGGGAAUCCCCUAUUAUUUUUACCGGACCAACUGAGCAUCAUGACAACUUACACUUAUGGCAAAAAACUGGAGCAAAGAUGAUGCGCAUAGGAGAGACCAAAGAAGGCUUGCUGGACCUUGUUGACCUGGAGAACCAGCUGAGGUUCCACCAGAACUGCGGCAGACAGCUCAUUGGCUGUUUUUCAAUAGCUUCCGGUGUGACGGGCAUCUUGAUUGACGACGUUGCUUGCACGGUGCUCCUGCGCCGGUACGGAGCGUUGGCCUUCUGGGACUACAAUGCGGGCGCGCCCAGCGUGCCCAUCGAUGUCAAUCCCACAGUGGCGGGCGUGGAGGAGGGGGCGGCCUUCAAAGACGCCGUUUAUUUUUCGGGGCACAAAUUUAUCGGCGGAGUGCAGACGCCAGGUAUAUUGAUUGCUAAGAAAUCCAUAUUCAGACGGGUAAAUAAUUCAGGACCAGAUGGAUUUUUUGCUUCCAGUGAAAAUGAAAAGAGCUUUGAUAUGCAAGAAGAGGGGAGCUGUGCAGCUGUGGUGGAAUCCAUCAGAGCUGGCCUUGUGAUGCAGCUGAAAGAAACAGUUGCCGUCAACAACAUAAUACAAAGGCAGGAAAAAAUCAACAAACAAAUGUUACAACACAUUAGGACUAUCCCAGAACUAAUACUUCUCGGCAACAACUCUCCUAACCUCAAACGCAUCUCCAUAUUCUCGUUCAUGGUGCGACAUCCACGGGGCACUUUCCUCCACCACAACUUCGUCUGCGCCGUUCUGAACGACGUUUUCGGAAUACAAGCCAGGGCCGGGUGUCCGUGCUCGGGCGCCUACGCCCAGGAUCUGCUCGGGAUCGAUCAAAGUCUCGCCGAUCAGUACGAAAAUAUCAUCUUGGAGGACAGACGUCUAAGCAGCCUCAACCUAGGGGUAGAAAACUCCACCCUGGAACUCCUGCGGCCGGGCUUCACCCGAAUAAGCCUCCCCUACUUCAUCAACGACGCCGAGCUCGCCUUCAUCAUGGAGGCCGUCAAAAUGGUGGCCACCGAGGGCUGGAAACUCCUGCCCCAGUACGUUGUCGACCUCGAGACCGGUGAGUGGCGCCACCACACCAACGCCCUCUCCAAGGACAGGAAAUGGCUGUCCUCCAUCCGAUACGUCGAAGGCAAGAUGACGAUGAACGAGCGGAGGAUAUCCGGCCCGGGGCUCUUUCCCCAGAGCCACUCAGAGUGCCUGCAGACGGCCAGGAAUUUGUUCAACAGGGCCAGGAAGACAGCAAACAGGAGCCCGUACCAAGACCAAGGGAUCGUUUUUGAUUCCAGAGGCGAUAAGUUGCGGUGGUUCAUGCUGCAGCACGAGGCGCAGAGCUUGUUGACUAGCAACGCGCAGAAUGUGAAGCAGAAGGUUCCUUUCGAUCCGGUGAACAAUUUUUGCUCGAGGCGACCGCAUAGGGACAGCGAUCGGGGGGCGCCUCCCAACCCUUGCGGGUCUCCCAGGCACUACAGCUUGCCUUCUAUCGAUGACCCGCACAUAUUGACUUGUUCUUCGCCGGUGCCUUACUUUCUUCAGGACGUCAACGGGCUGUACUACCCGCAGAUCACGCAGCCGCAGGUAAACUUCGCCGUGGGAGAGGCGGUCAGCUCCGCCAACCUCAACCACCACAUGCAGCAGACCUUCGCCAGGGAGCGCUGCUUCAGCCUGGGCGCGCCCAACGUCUCGCCGCCCGUCCUGAGCCCCUCCACGCGCAUGAGCCUGGGCAUGGGCUCACGCCAGCGGCAGCUGAGCUACAGCAGCGGCUGCGAGCCCACAUCGCUCGAGAGCGACUCCAACCAGAUGUCGCCCACGCACAGCCUGAACCUGCUCAACAGCUACGACUGUCUGCAGUGCGGCAGGGCAUCGCCGUCUCCGGACCUGCAGAGCUACGUGACGGAGAUGACGAAAGAGCUGGCGACGAACAUCAAAUCCGAGAUCCGGGAGGUGAUUUCGAAGGUGGAGGAUGUGCUGGAGAACACGGACUGCGGGGGAUCGUUCUAUGAGCGACACGGUAGUGGGAGCGAGGACGGGAGGAGCGAUUCGAUUAGCGCGAUUGAGGUAGCCGAGUACCUGGGCAAAGUGUCCAUUGAAAUGGCCAACGAGGUGAAGUCAGAGAUUCGCGACGUGGUGAGCGCCGUGGACGUCUUCAUCGCGCCUGACAACCAGGACAAGCACCUCUUCUCGAGGACCGCCAGCCUCGGGUCGUACGCCGAUGACGCAACACCCUCGAAGCAGGAGUCUGAAAGGUACACGGCGAGCUCCAGCUGCGAGACCGUCCAGCAGGCGGCGGGCAAGUCGACCAGCUCGGAGGAGCUGGUCGAGCAGGCGCAGGCCGCUGACCAGAGCCUCGAAGGCGGACGCCAGGAGGCGGCGCGAUCGACGGCGGCGAGCGCCAGCAGCCAGGACAGCGGCAUCAACCUGAGCUUCCACGAGCCCCAGGAGGCGGGCGGCGAGGUCAAGGCCAGGAGCAACUCGGAGUCGCUGCCCAGGCGGGCCGGGUCGGAGGUCAGGUUCUCCACGCUGCAGAAGCAAAGACCGAAGAUCUUCCGCGACUUCUCCGACGACCCCACCACCCUCGCCACCACGGCACACCGCCACCCCUGCCCUCCAAAAACCGUCUGGCAGCCCUGCGCAGACGCCAUCAGUGACUUCGACAUGGUCAGGGACGGCGACCGGGUGCUAGUCUGCCUUUCCGGAGGCAGGGACUCGCUGUGUCUCUUGCACGCCCUGCUGCAACACCGCGACCGCGCCUGCGCCGAUGGGGUGGGGUUCACUGUGGGCGUGGUCUCGGUGAGGACGGGCGGCUCAGGCGACCUGGGCAGCUCGAGCAGCUCUGUGGGUGGUGACUUGGGCGGACUGGUGCCGCAUUUGAAGAUGCUGGGGGUGCGGUAUGUGGUGGAGGAUGGACAGAGCGGCGAAGAGAGUGAAGCAGAAACACUUGAUGAAGCCAAAGAAAAUGUCUACAGUUUUUGUACGACCCCAUUGAGACACCGUCUGUAUUCAUCUGCAAAAAGUUCAGGCUACAACGUAUUAGCCAUUGGCCAGCAUUUGGAUGAUCUCUGUGAAACUUUUUUGCUUUCUAUGUUCCAUACCGGUAAACUAAGGACCUUGAAAGCCCAUUAUUACAUAAAGGACCACGACCUCCGCGUCAUCAGACCCUUCGUCUACGUCAGAGAAAAAGCUCUGCGCCAGUUCAGCGCCGACGCCAACCUGCCAGUCCUUCCCUGUCCCGCCAGUCCGAAGCUACCCAAGGAGCGCCAGCGGAUCAAGCAGCUGCUCGCCCAGCAAGAGAUCCUCUUCCCGAAGCUGUUCGACUCGCUGCGCUCCGCUCUGCAACCGCUGCUAGGGUUCGAGGAGGUCGCAGGGAGGCACAGGAAAAGACUGAAGUCGAACGGCAGCGAGAGUGAGACCGACGAGGAGCCGGCCUUCGUUAAAGAGUGA